AGCAGGCUAUCACCGCCCAGGCUACCGGGCUACCGUUACCGUGUCCCUGACCCGUUAACUGGGAGUUAAGACAUUAAACCGGAUGCCUCUAUGAUCCAGCUAACCUUACAACGAGAUAUACAGUGUUCAGUUUGCACAAGAGGUGAGCCAUGGCUGAACCGAACAACUCCCGUCCCCAAAGGAAGAUGUCCACCGCUGGGGAGAGUGUGUACAAGGUGCUAGGGUUGGAAAAAGGAGCGUCAGCAGAGGACAUUAAGAAAGCAUACAGAAAACUAGCAUUAAAGUACCACCCGGACAAGAACCCAGAUAACCCGGAGGCUGCAGAGAAGUUUAAGGAGAUCAACAACGCCAACUCUAUUUUAAAUGAUGAGACCAAGAGGAAGAUUUAUGAUGAGUAUGGCUCCAUGGGCCUUUAUGUGUCCGAACAGUUCGGAGAGGAAAGCGUCAAAUACUACUUCCUCAUGUCCAAAUGGUGGUUUAAGGGUCUGGUGGUGUGCUGUACAUUUUUCACCUGCUGCUGCUGUUGCUGCUGCUGUUGUUUCUGCUGUGGGAAGUGCAAGCCGCCUGAUGACGAUGAAAACUACCAGUAUGUCGACCCCGAAGACCUGGAGGCCCAAAUCAAAGCAGAGCAGGAUGGAGGUAACACAGUAAUCAUAGGCCAGCCCACAUCUAAUCUGGGUCCAGAAAGCCCAGAAGAGCAGGGUAAGCCCAUCCCCCUGCCUAUGCCCAUGCCUCCACCUGAGCCCCAGUCGCCGACCUCGACCAAUCCAGCAGGGGAAGAAAACCCUGGAGAGACCUUACCAGAGUCAAAAUGACUCGAACGAGACCGUGUAGAUGAGCCUCAACUACCAAAAGCAGGAAGCCUUUCAAGCCCCUAUCAUGAUCCAGCCACAUCUGACUGCUGCCAGCGACCCAGAGAACAACCAGCCCAAAGUCACCAGCCAGCCCAGGCUCAUGUCUCAGUCCCACCAGUCCCACCUCACCCCACCUGAUCUACAAACAACAGCCGUAAGGUGGGCAAUGAAAUGCUCUUGGCCCCCUCCACAGGAUUCAAAUUAUGGAGGAGUAUUCGUACAGAUUAACCUACUUGCUGGCAAUGCUAAGACUGUUGUGGAUAAUUCAGACCAGCUCUUAAGUACAAGGCAACUAGCCAUCCUCCAACAAGUCCCCUCUCUUCCAGCUUCCCACAUGUCCAACCUGGGCUGGAUGUGACCUUAAUAUUAGUCCACUUAUCCAGGGCUGAGCUCGAACUUCUUAUUAAUCUGUUCUGGUCAUCCCAUUCCAACCAGUAAGGAUGUGACACUGGGCAGGAAGAUGGCGAAAACGAGGGGACAUGGGAGGAAAACUCACAAUGGAAAGGCGAUCCUCACUAUUUUUCCAGAUCAGGACUGGAAGUUGUUCUUUUUCUGUGUCCCAACCUUACUGCUUCCCUCUGUCUGUCCCCAACAGGAGUACUUUUUUUCACAUUUCUCCCCCUUUAACUUGCUUUGGAGUUUCCUUCUUAAAAAAACAAAGCCAUGAGGAUUGGUCGUAAAUUUGAUGCUACUUGUGACGUGUACACAUCAUCAGGAGCCAGCAGCAAAACAGAAGCUACGCUUUAAGACUUGAAGAUGAGGAUUAAAUACUUUUGUUUUUGUCCCUCUUCUUUAUCCUCCUGUGAACAUUCAGUUAAAUGUUACAUGACCAUCCUCAAGCGCUCAUCCUUACAGACUAGCUCUUGAUGCCAAGUGUGGUGAUAAAAAAAAAAGAAAAGAAAAAAUUCUUCUUUCAAAGGAGGCGCGAAGUUGCUUCGCUGAGUAAAGUUUUUAUUCAAUACACUAAUACAUUUCAUUGCUUUGAUGUUAAAAGUCUGAGCCAAAACCUGGAGCUGAAGAUGUAGAGCUUCGAGGAGUAGAGCCGAGGCUUCCUUCCCCAACGUGCAUGCGUUUUUGUCCGGCUGCAUGCCCCCUACUGUACAGCACUGGGUUACACACCCCACACUACAACACAUGGACGAACUGCUGAUCCUUACAGACAUUCAGACUCUGGUUAAACACAUCCUGUAUACAAACACACACUCGUACCAGCCCUUCUGUCAUCGUGUGCUGAAAAAAAAUAUACCCCCAAACAUAGUCUGUUGACUAAAAUGGACAGAUGCCAUAACAUGGAGGACAAAGUGUAAAGGUUUUAUCAAGAAAAGACUGUUGAUUGAUUACAUGUUGUCAGUUCUACAUUGUGGUUAGGCUCCUUCUUGUGUUGCAGUCAGAUUAUUGGUAGACCAAAGUAACAGAGCUUCAUGUAGCCAGUCAGCCAGCCCAUAACGAACCGGGUCCGGGCCAAUAGUCUGUGGAAAUGCCAUUUUCUCUGUAAGCCACGGUUCUGUUUGUUGAAGUCAACUGUAUAAUAUGUGUUUGGCUCUAUGCACCUCGUGAGACGGGUCUGAUGCCAUUUGACAUUUUCUUUUCUCUCAGUUCAACUUGUAAGUCUUUUAUUGUACCUCUUACAUCCAAAACGACAGAAAGCAUCAGCUUGAAAGCUCCUUGAUAAUCUGUAAACUCAGGUCCAGAUUCACUAACACUGCAUUGCAGAGGCAAUCUUCUGAUUUAAUUGCGCUGCAGUUGCUUGAGUGCAUUUUGAGAUGUCAUUUUAUUUGCAGAAUGUUUUGGAAAUUUAUUUGCAGUCCUUGAAAAGAGCAUUAAGCAAGUAAUCAACCACCUGUACUGUGAAUUCCAGGCACUCACAUUUUAACUGGGGGACAGAUUCAUUAAUUCCUGCAAUUUCGCACCAUAAAUAUCCUUUUCAGUGAUCCGUCUUGAGUCUCCAGGAUGGAAAACGCUCCUUUGCUGAGUGGCUUGAUGCUGAUAGUGCUGUGCCUUGAGGAAUAUUUAUAGCAGUGACUGAACAGACAAACUUUUGAUGUCUUUUGCUGUCACCCCAACAUGUGCAAGACUGCUCUGGAGCGUCACCUAUCAAUAUUGUGUAGAAAAUAAUCUUAACAAAAUGUCAACAUGUUCAUGAGCAUGACUGAUGAAACUAGGCUUCAUCUCUUCCAUUGAGGCCUUUAGCUCUCGUGACUCGUCAUCUUUCCUCAUCCUACACUUUUUGGUGAUGAGCACUUUCCUUUGCAAACCUUCCUGUUUAGUGAAUCUGGAUCAGUGUUGUUCAUUCAACACCUUGACUUUCACAACAAACACAGCCACUUGAGAUAUUUGACUUCAACAGAGUUUUACACUCGUGGGCUCAAUCGAACGCACAUUUUCAUUUGUUUUGUUUUCCCAGGUUUUGGAUUGCUUACUUUAGUUUAACGUUUACCCUUUGAUCAGGUUCUAAAGCAGGUUACACCCAUCGAUCAUGAGGGAUUGUUUAAAGCAGUGUCCUCUGGAUGGUCAGUUUUAGGGCUUCAUCUUUUAUUUAACACUAUGUCUGUAUGUCUAAUCUCAGAAAAUGGUGAGAAAUGGUCGAUGCGGUUUACCAGAUUUAGAUUUCCCAGAUGUCUUGUUUUGGAGUCCUGGCGUGCCAAGACAAAGAACACAACAGAUUUUUAAUAAGCUACAGUCAGACAGUUUUUGGCAUUUUUACUGAUGAUUGAUAAAACAUUUUAAUCUACAAGUUGACAAAUUGUUUCAAGAAUUCUUUUCAGGAUUUUCUGUUGCUGUCAAGUGAGCAGUUUUCACUGAUGUGUUAUUGCUGCAGUUGAUCAAUAACUACAAAGCUAUUUGUAACUUUCAUUAUUCCUAUGAUUAAUAAUUCACCAGUCAAGUGCUUUGGCAGAUUUAAUGCACUUGCUGAGACAUGAUGAUUAUUAAUUGUAAUGUGUUGUUGGUGAGGAUUUUAACCAAGUGUCUGGAUCAAUCUGCCUUAGAGUCACGACAAAAGAGUGAGAUCCAGGGUGAAAGGUCAAAAGAUGACUCAAUUAUUUUAACAAAAAACACUACAUUAAUACGAAACAAAUGGAUAAGGUGUGGCUGUCUGUAUAGUCAGCGUAGAGGUUUGUAUUUUGAGGAAACAAAGGGCCUAGGAGCCUCAAACUAAGCCGCUGAACAUUCAAGCAGGCCAUCACAUGGAGCAUUAAUCUGCAGAGGUUUUGUGCGACCUCUGAACAAACUGACGAAAUGAUACAACGGACACUGAAAUGUCUCAUGUGCUCAACGUACAGAUAGAAAUUGUGAAGACAGAUUUCUGAAGGAGCAGUUCAGCAUUUUCUGGGAAUAUGUUUUGUUAAUUUGUUUGCUUCACUGCUUCUGGCCAAUAAAUAGUCCAACAUGUUACCCCUGUGAACCCACAGCAUUGUUACAGUUAUAAGAUGCUGAUUAAUGAGCUUGUAGAUGUUGGUCAGUGGAUCCUGUUACUUCUUUGACAGAGCUGGGCUAGCUGUCGCCUCCUGUUUACAGUCUUUCUAAGCUAAGCUUAUUUGAUAGCCUAAUAUUUAAUCUAUUCAUGAUAGUGGUACUGACAAAACAAAACACAAACCAUGUUUCCUAAGAUGUUGAACUACUCCUUCAGAUCGCACUAUUUAAAAUGUCAAGGAAGGAACAUUUUGCUGCCAUAGAUCAUAUUACUUCAUCUAACCUUAAACAUUGUUUACUUGUGGCAUGUGGAGGUGAAUGUUCUGUGAGGAGUUUUGGUCCAGGGCAGAGUUCUGGUGCGUGUAGGUCAUUUUUAAAACAAACGUCGUCCCUUUCUGGUGUCAGGGUGAGAGUUGAGGGCAGGAAAAGUUAAGGCCAGAGUGUCAGCGCUGGUAGAAAUCUCUAAAAUCUUCUCUCUGCUGCUGAAGUUUUUCAGUGUUGCCCAGUGAACUGCAAUAAACUAACGCAGAGCUCUACGUAGGACCACUUCGUGAAUUACAAACUGCUCAAACAAAUAUCUCCAUCGCUUAACUCCAGCUCUGUGUUUGAUGGAUUACAUAUCAGCUUGUGUUACUCAGCGGAACUGUCUGCAAACUUGAACAUUAUAUCUUUUUUUUAAUUUUUUAUUGUCGAUAGCCAAAACUGAAACAAAGCAUUUCAUGAUUCAUUUUAUUUAGUCUUUUCUUCAAAUCCACUCAAAUUAAAUCAAUUUAGUCGAAACUUGAUGAGGUCCAUGGAGCACUGAAAGACAUAUUUAGUAUUUUUUAAUCGUUGUAAAUAACUCAGAAAACAGCAACGUUAAAAAAAAACAAAAAACAACAAAGUUCCUUAUUGUUAGUAGACGGGUUUUAUGAACUGAUUAAACAGUGUACAUACAUUUUUAAUUAUUAUUUUUUUUAUUUAUGUCACAUAGAAAAACCAUAACUUAAAUUUAGAGUGACAGAAAUACAGGAUGGCAGGUGGUCAACUUUGAUAUUAAAUCAAGAGCGUUGAAGUCAUUUGUGUUUACUUUGAAUCGCUGGCUCAGGUGUUCCAUGCUAACAUGUUUGCAUACACUGUGUUUAGAGCUAAUGCUAAAGUAUGCGAUACAGUUAACACGGAGCUAUUGUUCUUCCAGAGACAGACAGAUGAUCUUUUUGUACCUGCGUUCUUAUCAUUUAAUGGAAAAGUUGACCAGUUGGACAAUCUACCAGAAUUGCUGUAUUUCUUUUUGAGAUGACAAAAAAAAUCAUAAAUUCAACAUAACAGUAGGACGACAUGAUGAAAACAUCUUAUCUGUGUAGCUGACGUUUAAUUUUAUUGUUUUUUUUUGGGUGGGGGGGAGGGGGCAUGUCACUAACUGUUGUGGUUAACUGUGGACGAUGUGUAAAUGAGGUAUUAUGGAAUUCAACCAAAUAAAAAUGGGGGAUUUUAUAACUUA